CUCUCUAUUAUCUUUCAUAAUAUGGCCAAAGAAAGCUCCGCCCAUACUUCCGUCUGCCACGGCGGCGAUCAGUCGUCGGAGGAGAGUGGUUGGACCAUCUACUUUGAAGAUUUCCUCAACAACCACCACCCUACUAAUCAACCACCCACCUCCUUCUCUUCUUUUCCUCUCUCUCCCGAUCAAAGCUACCCUAUCGCCGACGCUGCUUCCUCCGUCGUGGACCACAAACUACUCGAAAACCACGACGGAGCCGCCAUGGAUCCCGGGUUUAGCUGCAAGGAUCAUAUCAACUUUUUCAAGAAGAGGAAGAUGAUCUAUGAGGUGUUCGUUGAUGAUGAAGCUUUGGAGGACACCGCUAGCUCUCCGGUUAAUAGUCCCAAGGUCUGUGAUUCGAACUACUUCAGUAAAAACCCGAGGCACAAAGGGAAACUGAUAACUCCUCAGGUACAUGAGAGAAGAGAAAUAGGUGAUUUAAUUGGAAUUGGCAGUGAGUACACAGAAUUGAAGAAAAGAGGGCUUUGCUUAGUACCUUUUUCUAUGAUACUUAAUUAUAUGGAUCAAUAAUUCCUCUCUCUCUAUAUAUAUAUCUAUAUCUAUAUAUAUAUAUAUAUAUAUAUAUAUAUAAUGUGUUUGUAUAAAAUGUGUAAUAUUAUUGCAAGCAAAUGAAGGCAUAGCCGACUUUCGGUGUUAUAAAUGGUAUCUGAAAAGGUACUGAAC